GAGCGCGCGGCGACCGCGGCCGGCGGCGGCCAGCGCAGGGCGGCCCAGGCCUGAGGCCUACCCGGGCUCCCCCGAGCCGAUCUAAGGCGGGUCCGGGCCCGAGCCGGGCCGCCCGGCGCCCGAACGCCGGGGGACGCCGGCGCUCCUUCGCCGACAGGAAAUACCAAAAUAAAGCAGAUGUUGUGUCCCAUACUGUUAUCUCAAGGUUGUGCAAGUCAUUCUGUUAUGUGCUCCUUGCCAGCAGGAAUGUAAACUAAUUCUUUCAACACUGAACUAGAACCUUGACAAGGUUGUGAUUACAGAUUCAAUAUUGCAUAAACAUGGGUGCAUUUUUGGAUAAGCCAAAAACUGAAAAACAUAAUGCUCAUGGUGCAGGGAAUGGCUUGCGUUACGGCCUCAGCAGUAUGCAGGGAUGGAGAGUGGAAAUGGAAGAUGCUCACACAGCUGUUGUAGGUAUUCCCCAUGGCUUAGAGGACUGGUCCUUUUUUGCUGUCUAUGAUGGUCAUGCAGGAUCUCGUGUUGCAAAUUAUUGCUCCACACACUUGCUAGAACACAUCACUAACAAUGAAGACUUUAGGGCAGCAGAAAAACCUGGAUCUGCUCUUGAACCUUCAGUGGAAAAUGUCAAGAGUGGAAUCAGAACUGGCUUUUUGAAAAUUGAUGAGUAUAUGCGCAAUUUCUCAGACCUCAGAAAUGGGAUGGACAGAAGUGGCUCAACAGCAGUGGGAGUUAUGAUUUCACCUGAGCAUGUGUACUUUAUCAAUUGCGGUGAUUCACGUGCUGUUCUCUAUAGGAAUGGACAAGUCUGUUUUUCAACACAGGAUCACAAACCUUGCAACCCGAGGGAGAAAGAGCGAAUCCAGAAUGCAGGAGGCAGUGUAAUGAUUCAGCGUGUCAAUGGUUCAUUGGCAGUUUCUCGAGCUCUGGGGGACUAUGACUACAAAUGUGUUGAUGGUAAAGGCCCUACAGAACAACUUGUUUCUCCAGAGCCUGAGGUUUGUGAAAUUUUAAGGGCAGAAGAAGAUGAGUUUAUCAUCUUGGCUUGUGAUGGAAUCUGGGAUGUAAUGAGCAACGAAGAGCUCUGUGAAUUUGUUAAGUCUAGACUUGAAGUAUCAGAUGACCUGGAAAAAGUGUGCAAUUGGGUAGUGGACACUUGUUUACAUAAGGGGAGUCGUGAUAACAUGAGUAUUGUACUAGUUUGUCUUUCAAAUGCUCCUAAGGUCUCAGAUGAGGCAGUGAAAAAAGAUGCAGAAUUGGAUAAGCACUUGGAAUCACGGGUUGAAGAAAUUAUGGAGAAAUCAGGUGAAGAAGGAAUGCCUGAUCUUGCUCAUGUUAUUCGUAUUUUAUCUGCGGAGAAUAUUCCUAAUUUACCACCAGGAGGUGGUUUAGCUGGCAAGCGUAAUAUUAUUGAAGCUGUGUACAGUAGACUGAAUCCACACAGAGAGACUGAGGGGGAUUCACUUUUUUGUUGUUACUGUUCAAAAUGGAUGACAAGUAUAGGUUUCUCUUUUAAGCUGUAUCAAACUGUGCAACAGUACCCCCAGAACAAGCUAAGCAGUGGUUAUACUGUUUGGCUGGCUGUCUUAGGAUAAUUGCAAAACGUUCUUUUUUUCAGCUUCUUUAGUUCUUCAGAAAACUGUGUGCUACUGCUGUGCAUAUUUAGCCUAAAUAUUAUAAUGUUGUUCCUGCUUGGGAGGGAAAGUUAUUUACCAAAGUUCUUUUUUGUUUCAUCUGAUUUUGUUGUGAUUUCUUAAAGUAAAAGUAAAGUUUAUAUAAUGAUGACUUUGUGGAAAUGUUAGUUGCCAUAGUGAUUUUGUGAUGCUUGUUUUCAUAGUUCAAAUUUAGUCCUUAAGAGUCAUGUAUGUUUUCUGAGAGUCCUACUAUGGAGGACAGCAUCUUUUUUUGUAUAUUGACUCCCCCCGGGAAAUUUUUUCAUGUCUGUUACAAUUUAAUAAAAUGAGGUAACUGAAGUAAACUUGAAAGUUACGUCCUCAGAAUGGAAUAUAGCUUUGGCACUGAUUACCUUUAAAAAUCACUGUGUAUUUGUUUGGAGUCUUUAAUUUGGUUUCUUAAAUGUGAAAUCAUCUUCUGUUGCUGCUGAGUGAAAAUUUCAGCAACGAUAUGAAUGAUGUACUUUAGAAACACUACACUGGAUGAAAUUACAGGUACCAUUUUCCAGUCAGUGCAUUUUUAUUUUGGUCGUAAGAUAUUCUGGUCCAGAGUGGUUUGGGAGGAGGAUGCUGCCACUUGGUGAAGGCUACAAUUCCAAGCAAGUAGGAAUCGUUUAUCUUGCUGUCUUUGAGAGUGGGACCAACCCAUCUCCAGUGUGACAGAAACACAACUGCUAUGAUUGUCCUAUUCAGUCCUUGGUUGUAGGUAUCAGGUAGAGGUCCCUUAGUAUCUAAACUGGCUGUUUAAGGAGGGAGCAAAAAAGGGAAGGAAGCUGUAGAGUUAUGCAACGCCUUUGUAUUGUGGUAAUGUUGCUACACAUCUUAUUUAAACAGGAAGAGAAGGUAGGAAGGAAACAUACAGCACCGUACCAAUGAUGAAAGACUGGGAUCUAAGUAAUGCUUCUGUAUGAAGCAAGAGUAGUUCUUAAUAUUCCUAAUUCUUAAUACUAGAAAUUACAAACUGGAGAUAAAAGCUUUGAAUCUGCAGAGCAUGAAGGUGCACUGACUUAAGCUUGAGGACCGUACUUUGUGUGUAUCUAAUAGCAUACUUACCUGUUAGAGUGCGGGUGUAAUGCUUAAGUCUGCUGGAACUAGCAACCAUCUUAAUCUGGUGAUUUGUAUAUUAGGGCAGAGACUUUUUUCUUACCUUUACAAGAAAUGAAGCACUUGUUAAAAUACUAGUGCAUUCAAGUAAACAUUAAGAAAGGAAAAAACUCAUCCAGAAUGUGUGCAGUUUAAAAAUAUGGCUUCCUUGUGAAGCAUUUACUUUUCAGUGUUGAACAAUUUCAGCUAAUGACCCGAUGUUAUAAUAGCUUGACAAAUAAGUUAUUAGAAAGUACAUAAAUCAAAACUGAGAUAUCUUUUUCUAGAUCAGGUUUCUUUUAAGCUUGCACUACACAGAUACCAUUAGUAUUGUGCUUGGCUUAGACUUGUUUCUGCCACAGGAGCUUGUGAUUCAUGGAGUAGCUUCUUUCAGUUCUUCACAUGUAUGUUCUGUUCUGUUUAUCUUGUGAGAAUCUUUAACACAAGUAGGUAUUGUGUAGAGUGAGUGACUAAUGAGAAUAAAGAAUCAUUACUGUGGCAGCAUUCAGAGAUUGCAGCUUUGCUUCAGGGUUUAGCAGUCAUUAGAAAUUUUACCCACUGUGCAAGUACUGGACAGAUUUGGGGGCUGAAGAGAGCCUUCCAUUGGGCUUGCAACCAGCAACGCUGCUGGUUUUUCAGCAGAGAGGCUUCUGAUACAGCUGUGGUGACUUGUACUCUUGACUUUAUGUGAAAUCAUAGAAAUUUCUUACAUAGUUUAUGCUCCUACUGCCUGGUGCAGUUAGGCUGCUUGGAGGUAUGUGUAAUUUAGAAAUGAGAAGUAACUAGUUUAAGUUACUGACUGUGCCAGGAGUUUCAGUGACUUUUUUUUUGAAGCCAGCUUUGUGUUUGAGUACCUUGCCUGACAUAAGUUGUUUCUUUCUGGCUUUUAUUUUACUUUCUGGCACUUUGUUGAAGCAAAUGAUGUCAUUAAGGGCUGUGACAGAUUGCUUUUAAAAAUGCCAAAAUGCCAAAAAUUUACAUGCUUAAACACUGUAAAUUUAGUGUUACUAAUAUAUAGUAGGCUUUUAUAUACUAAUAAUCUAAAUGUGUGUAACUUGUGUAGGAAUUUAAUGCUUGUGUUAAAUACAGCUGUACUGAUGCACUAAGUCCAGUUAGAACAUGAAGGAAGACAAGUGCUAACUUACACAAUUGUCUUAUCUUAGCUUUCAGAGAAUUUAGGGGACCUGUUCUAGCCAGGCAUCAUUAGCAAGAAAUAUAUGUAGUAAUGUAUCCAUAUUGCAAGAUACAUAGAAGAGAUGGUUUCUAUCCUACUGUCAUAUGAGGUUUUUGUCCUCAGGUGCUGAGGGAGAUGUGGUAAGUGCAAAGGAGAUCAACAUCAGGCAUGUUAGACACAAGUGAAAAUACUAAGCUCAGUCUCCCAAAAGAACUAUGAAAAAUCAGAGUAUUGUGAAAUUAGUGCUUGUUUGCUAAUGUCAACCUUGGAGCAGAACUGAGGAAUUACACAAUUUAGAUAUUCUCCAAACAUUCAAAAGAAAUAAUUCCUCAUCUAUACGGCCUUAUUUAAUAAUAGCUAGAUAGAUACAUUUAACUUGUUUUCUGUGAAAAUCUAAGAAAUUGAAUAUAUCUGUAGUCUCAUCUUGGUACUCUGAUUUUUCACCAACUUGGUGAGUCUCAAUGCAUUAGAAAUACCUUCUUUAAUUUGCUUCUCCUCAAUGGGCUCUUGAAGAUUUCUCUGACUGUGAAAACACUAGCACAUGAGAGCUGCAGCAUGUGAAACAGACCAGAAAAACACAGUGGAACUACAUCUCUACUUAGGAAAUAAAUUAGGCUUAGAGGAAUGGCAUUAUACGCAGCAACGCCCAUUUUUUGCUGAAAUUGUCCCCUUUUAACUUACACGUUGCUAAUCAUUCUUAGUACUUGUAUUAUAAUAACAAUGCAGAGUCAAAAACUCUUCUUGAACCCCAGAUACUGUCUUAGCACUGUUGUUAAGUUGUACAUGAGCGAUUGCAAUACUUUGUUCAGUUUGUGAAGCUUUUGGACUAGAUAACAAUAAAAUGAGGUCAGCAUUAAAAGAGAGCAGUCUGGAUUUUGCCUCCGUUGCAAAAUCUGCCAGCUUUGAGUGAUCUAGUUCCAUUUGUCUAGUUUGAUAACCUGCUAGAUAUUAAUAAUUGAGAAUGUGCUAUUCCCUUUAAAGUGACACCACUGCUUUUAGCACUUGGAAGUUUAAACAUGAGGCAGAUGUACAAGUCCAUUGCAGAAAGCAGAGUCCCACAGCAGUGACAGACAGAUGAAGCCAAAUAGGUGCUUUGCAGAAGAGACCUACGAUCUUUAAUCAGUGCUUGUUAUUUAGUUGUUGGUGGUUUUUUUUUUUGGCUGUAUGUUGCUAAAUUUGACUUUCAAUGACUGUUCCACUGGUUAAUUUUUCUGUGUAAUACACAUAUCACACAUCUGCCCAAAUCUCUAUCUUGCAUUCUUCAAACACCCCCAUUCCUGCUGCUAUAAGUAGCUGAUUGUUUUUUUUUUU